AUGGCGGACCGACCGUCCAGAAUGCAUCGAAACGUUCAAAAGGCAUCACACGUUGAGCGGACGAGUGCUUCCAAGCGACAAGCGAUGGAGUAUAAUCGUGCAGAUCUUGCUGGUGAAACGGAUGGCAAAAGAGAAAGCAGGAGGUCCAAGCCCGAGAUGGCUAUCUACAGGCCAGGCAUGGGCUUGCUUCAAAAGAAAUCUGACCAAUCCGGAACACCUGAUGCCAAAGGGCAGAACCUUGUGCCAGGCUUGAAGGACCUGUCUCUAAGAGAUGGCGUCAAUGGGAAGUGGUCGGGCAAUCGUGCCAAGCGACCUGACCAGCCCGUCUACACACCGCGACUAGUGAAGCCUUCAGAGGACCGGCCCACUGCUCUGCAUGAAGGGCGACCCAAGGCAGUUGUGGUGGACUCUAAGGGGCCAGAAUUUUCUACAAAACCUUUUCCCAUAGCGGGAACAAAGCCUGCCUCUGAAAAGAAAGCAGAGAUCAGUGUACAGAAGCUGCAACAGCAUCCUCGCCCUGAAUCGGCUCUUCAGAAUGGCCACCAAGGACAUCGAGUGGAGAAUAAAGUGACGGAGAAUGGUGCAGAGCAUCCCAAAGAGACCGCAAAAGCCAUCGAAGUCAUCGGGCCACCAGCAGCGAAGCAGCAAGUUGUCGUGGGUAAGCGUUAUAGUCCUGUGGGCAACACAGCAGCUCCAAAGCACAUGAAUCAAAGGUCCGAGCGGAACUUUGCAAGAUAUAGUCGACGGGGCAAUGGCAGGAGAAGUGGCCCGUUUCCCGACACUCGUGUUGAAGAGAACUGGGACAUCAGCGACAGCCCAGGAACUCUUGAUAAGCCUCAGCAAGGAGUUUCCGCCCAGAUACCUGGCCAGCCUGUUCAGACUACGUCCUCUCAUCGCAGGAACAGCUUUUCUGAAGGGCCCCGACACAGUGGUUCUGACGAUGUUGAUGAGGCCGAGCAUGGCUCCCGUCGCCGAGGGAUGAAGAAAAAAAUUAAGAAGAGGCGAAACAAGACAAGAGAAGACCAGCUAGUCGUAAACACGGCUGUCAAUGGGUUGCCGGAAAACAGUCAUCACUCGGAUGGCAAUGCAACAGCAGAGGAAGACUGGAGUGGGGAACUCAUCGUGGAGUCGUCUGUGCACCCAAGGAUCUACAGUCAGGAGCAGGUGUCGCAAAAUGAUGGGCCCAAGAAACGCGAGAGAAACAACAGCUACCAGAGCUCGUCUCCUGAGCCCUGUCGCUUCAGUGGGCUCAAGUUCACCAACAGGCAUCGCCGUGAGUCACGUUCCGAAGAGGAGAAAGACAAGGGCCCGACUCUAAGCCGAAAUGGACUUGUUCCGGCCCCCAUCAUAAAGGACUGGAGUGCAGCUGUAGUGGAGGAAGAAAAGCGCCAGAGGCACUCACUUGCCAAGACUGUAGACAACCUUAGAAACAAUUCUAGCGAAACGUCCACCUACCGUUCCAAUGUUAUAGAAGUUCAUCGUAAGAACUGUAAAAAUGAUUCCUCGUCCCAAAAGGCCUCCCCUCCGAAGACACACGAGUCCCAGCUGCCUCCCCGCUUCCAGAAGCGUAACCGGCCUGCGACCCCCGAAAACACAGUCUCGUCGGCAGCCAAAGGUGGGAUCAUUCGACUUCCGUCGGACGUCAGCCUAAACGGCUCCGGCCCUGCAGAACACCAGUGCGAUGAGAGGAGCGUGGUGGCGGCAACCUUGUGCGGUAUGGGCCAGGAAAAGCCCCUAAUCGCAGUGAAGCCACAGCCUCACGUGCCAGUAGAUUCUAUCUACAGCAGGACAAUGCCGAUGACACUGCAGCCCGUUUUCGCCCACCACUUCGAACCAGCCCCGCCCUCUGUUAUGUCGCCGCCAAUGGUGCCAGCAGCAUAUCCGGCAGUGCCUGGUGUGCAGUUUUCGUGCCAUCACCCCAACCAAGGUUUGCCUACUGUCUACCAUGGUGACCAAGUCAUCGCGCCGGAGAUGUAUGGUCAACGCCAAAUAAAGCCACUCGUCCAGAAGAACCUGCACGAUGCUGCCCUUCUGGAGCGAGAGCUGAUGAAUCACCUUUCUAAGGGCAUUCAGAACAUGGACACCAAAGCCAUGGGCCAUUGCAGAUGGAAGCUUCAGCUUCGGUAUGAGAACGUGAUCCUGGCUGACCCAAGGUUCUGUGCGGAGAAGAAUGUGGAGAAUGCACUCUGGAAGUCAGCUUUCUACCAAGGCAUCGAGGCAUUCCGUCGCAUCAUGGAAGAGUGUCCCGACUUUCAAGAGGAAGCGAAGAUGCUACUUCUCAGCUUGGUUGAUGAGGGCACCAUCUUCUACGAGAACCUUUUGGACAAGUUCCAGGAGACGUACGGCUUCAGCUUGAGCCAGUUUCUCGAGCCCGACGUCUGUGGUUCCCUCGGUGCUGGUUCCUCCACUUCGUCGGCGGGCGGCGUUGCCGGAGGCAGGGUCAUUCCAGACUCCGUCCGGCUGGUGCUCAUCUCAGUGCAGAAAAUCUACAUCUGCCUAGGGGACUUGGCUCGGUACCGGGAGCAAGCCAUGGGUACCACUAACUAUGGCAAAGCUCGAAGCUGGUACCUGAAGGCACAGCAGAUAGCACCCAAGAAUGGCCGUCCAUACAAUCAGCUUGCCAUUCUUGCACUCUAUGCGAGGCGAAAGCUCGAUGCAGUAUACUAUUACAUGCGAAGCCUAGCAGCGAGCAAUCCUUUCCUGACUGCGAGGGAAAGCCUUCUCGCCCUCUUCGACGAUGCUAGGAAAAAGUACGACCACCUAGAGCGUAAGAGGCUGGAGGAGGAGGGCGUCAACCAGCAGCCAAGUCUGGAGAGUCCGUUGGAAGAAGAGCGGCUGGAGAUCUGGAUCAGGCCAGACGGGACCACUUCUCACCGUAGCAGCCGACAGGGGACCAAGCGUCGCGCGAAGGUCGAGCAGCUGUCGCUGCUUUCGACAAUUGAUCUCAACAAACGGUACGUCUUAAGCUUCCUGCACGUCCACGGCAAGCUCUUCACCAAGGUUGGUAUGGAAACAUUCUCCGAGACGGCUCGCCGGAUGCUGAUGGAGUUUCGGUGCCUACUCCAAAGAACUCCGGCUGCUGUCACCAAUAGCCGGCACCUGCAGCUCCUUGCAAUCAACAUGUUCACCGUAGCGAACACAUGCUUAAAAGACCGCAACAUGGAGCCAGACUGCCGGUCACUGCUCCAGGAGCAGAGCCUGCAGGUGGCACUCGCCCAUGUGGCCAUUGUUUUGGAACGGGCCAUGCAGUUGCUGCAGCAGAGCGUGCCCUCCCCUUCAUCCUCGACCUCAUCCUCACCUGGGUCCUCCUCCCCGCCUCGCCUGUCCCUCUCGGACGAGCUCGCCGAGCUGCUGCCCACCCUGAAACUGUGGACUGACUGGAUGUCCUGCCAGAAGCGGCUCUGGAUUCCCCCUCCUACACCCUGUGACUACAACACCAGUGUGAAAGGCAGUGUUUGGACAAUGCUAGCAGACCUGCUGACAGUCCUGCGAAAGUUGAACUUUGGUGACGUCAAGUUUUUCAAGGAGCCCGCAGAAGAUCGUGAGCUGGUGACAUUACCUGAAGAUACCACCUUGGCCAGCUUUGUUCCCCUGCUGGGAGCUCCCCAGGAAGCUUUCUAUGUCCAGAUGCCGUGCGAUCGGGAGCGAGCUCGCAACUGCCUCCGAAUCAACCGAAUCCAGUUCUUUGGGGACUACCUCUGUGGCAUCUCGCCGCCGUACCUAGAGUUCAAUGUGGAACGCAAGCGCUUUGUCUCACUCAUCUCUGUCUCCGACACGGAGUCUGACUCAGAGAAGGAACUGACCUACGAUUCUGGAUAUGGGGAAGUGGAAAACACUGGCUCGACAAGCGCGUGCCUGACGCGGUUGCAGUCUGAAGAAGAGCUGGAGUUGGGCGAUUCGCUGGAUGACCAGGACGCACCUCUCAAGUCUGAGGAGGAGGAGAACGAGAUCCAAAAGUUGCGGACCAAGAAGGAGGAGCUGCGGAAGGCGAAGGAGCAGCACGACCGCCAGCAAUCCUGCGUCCAUGCGUUUCUGCAGGAGCAUCGGAGCAAGCAGGCGGCCAUGCUCGAGAUCCGGCCCCGGUUCCUCAUCCCGGACACCAACUGCUUCAUCGACCACCUGCCGCUCGUCCAGAAGCUGGUCGCCGACGGACACUUCAACGUCUACGUGCCCAUCGUCGUGCUGAAUGAGCUGCACGGGCUCGCACGAGGGGGGUCCCGGGGUCCGGGACCCUUCCCCGACCACUGCGAGAAAGUGGGCUCAAGCGCCAGAGCUGCACUCGCCUACCUGGAGGAGAGGUUUGGCCAGCGUGAACCGAAGCUCAGGGCAAUCACCAUCAGGGGCUCCAUACUGGACACCAUCAGCUUCCGCAGCGAGGAUGUGGGUGACUACAAGGGGACCAAUGACGACCAAAUCCUGACCUGCUGCCGGCUGCUUUGCAAUGAUCGUACAGAGCAUGCACUUCCAAGGGAGCCUGAUAGACCAGUGAAGCUGUACCGAGAAACAGUCCUCAUCACCGAGGACCGGAACCUGUGCGUCAAAGCUCUGACACACAACGUGCCCGUCAGAGAUUUGCCAGCCUUCCUCCGUUGGGCCAACAUUUCGUGAGAGCAGGAUGCGAAAGAAAGAGAAAACUUCUCUCUGAACCGAUGCAUAUGAGCACCGCAGUGAGGACUGCGCAGGAACCACCUGAAGGAUACCGUUGCCACCAAACCACUCUGGAUGACACAGCCUUUGCGCACAACCAGCUCUGCCAGCACCGGUCUGUCAGCCUGGCCAGCCGUACCGUAAGGCUCAACGUCACUGACUGGAAUCCAGGAAUAUGAAGGACGCACCCACUUUGGCCUCCACUAGGGUGCCCUUCACUUUGAGGAGAUGACGCAACAACUGUUACUACACUAUUGAAAAGGGGGGUGGGGAAGAGGGGGAAGAUUUUCUUGGCUAUGUCACGAGGCACGCCAGGCAUAAGGUACAAGCACGAAUAGCUGACGCAAAAUGGCCACUUUUUGUUACGUGCACUUCUAUACCUCUGAGGUUUUUUGGAAUGCAUCUCCUAAAUCAAUCACUGCUAUCUCGGAAGAAUAGGAAAGGGGCUUGCACAAAAAAAAAAAAAAGCCACAGAUUGCAUUCUUUUUCACCACUUUGACAAGCCCUGCAGAAGAGAGCUUUUGAUAGCUAAAGGACUAGCUCGUUGAAUGAUAAAGAAUGCAUGGGAAUGGUUGUUUGCUACAUCACCUAGCUGUGCCUAGUUCUCGUGCUGCAGUUGAAGAACAGCUGCUGGAAAAGUCUUACAAGUACUCAGACAUCUCCUUAACACUUGGCAAAUACUAACACUCACAGCAGUGGCACAAUCAUUGCGAAAAAUGAGCCUAUACAACAUGCAGAGAAAUGAAAGUUUGUGUGUGAAAGCAAAUAAAAAAUAAGCUGCCUGAUUGAAUGCAAAUGUAUAUUUUUGCCACAAGUGAAUGAUGAAUUGAACUGGCUUGUCUGCAGAAGAGCCACGUUUUUAUGUUUUUUCAAGUACUACACUAUGGGCAGUAUUGCCACUGCAGCACACUCCUAUCAUUGUCUUCAGAAAGCAGUUAGUCAGCUGUGGCAACGGUAUUGCCCCCCCCCCCCCUCUUCCUGUGGGAGCGAACACUUUGUCGAAAAUGCACUUCUUCUUUUCCUCUUGCUCCUAGAUCAUGACAGAAAACCACAAACACCUUCACAUCUUUGAGCUGGUUUCCUAGGAUUUCUGAUAUUCAUUUAUCAGGAGCUGACAUAGUGCAAACUGUAACAUCUCUAUGAGCAAUGCAGCAUAGCCAUAAACUGGUUUGAACAUCAUAACCACCUUGUUUUUCUUUGCUUUCUUGGGUAAUGUAAGCACGGUACUUCUAGCUGGGCAUGUUUGAGUAAAGAAGGGAGUGAAAUGGGAUGCGGACGAAACAAGGGUACAAGACACAGCGCUUUCUGUCAUCCCAUCUCUUUGCUCAUGUUGCAAUUGAUCCACCUUUACUCAAUGUAUUUCUAAUAACAAUAAGUGGUUUUUAUAUCUCGACUGAAAACUUUAGAGACUGCGCGCACGUAGCAUUUCGCCUGUCGGUUAACGUACCAGCAGUCAUUUUUCAGAUCUUCCCACAGCUGAAAGCAGUGUCACAGUAAAAUUAUUGAGCACUGGCGGCAAAAUGUUUCAAGCGAGUGUCAGAGGGCUGUUUACUGAUGCUAACAGAAUGCUUUCAAAACUUGGAUAAAAUGCUUAUCUACAUGAACAUUUUGUGCAAGCGUGUUCUUGGUCUGAAGCAGAAAAUCCCUUUCAGCCUUUAUCCAUACAGAAGUGAUGUUAGCUUUGCUAUUCUACUUUUUAUGUUGUGAAUGAAACAUGGUGUUUGGGCCACAGUUCUUUAUUAAUUUUUGUAUUUAUUCAUUCAUAGAAAGCUUUUGUGGUGUGAUGUUGAUUGUUGCUUGUACAUAAGUUGUGUGAAGAAAAAAAGAAGAGUGCGAAAAUGGUGUCUAUAUGGAAUGUAUUGUGUAUAAAUGGAAUGCAUUGUGUAUAGGCUUCACUCUUUCGUACCCCAAGGUGCCAUAUUUCAGUUUUGACUUUUUCUCUGGCAGUGUGUUAAUUGUGCAGUCAUGCUGAGGUUGUGAUACAGUUGUUGUUUCUUGUGUAAAAGUGAAUUGUGUAAGUGCAUGUUUUCAUCAUAUCGUGGCAUCUUACUUCCUCUGCCUCCACCUCUGUUUUUUGUUUUUGUUUCCAGUUUGAAUGUCUUUUUUUUUCUUUGAGUGAUGAAGAGGAGCUUGCCAUGACAUGCCAGAUGAAUAAGUUUUGGUUAUAUAUUUGUUUUCUUUUUUAAAAGCUUACAUUCAGCUUUUUUAUACUGUUUUUCAUGUCGUACUUUGUAUUGUGCGAAAUACAAGUUGUAAAUGUAGGCAUAUGCCAUGUAUUCAACAUUUCAUGUACUACGCAACUUUGCAAGUUCAGUAGCUGUUUGGUGCAUUAGCAUUGUGAGCAUUGUGGUAGCUACACAGUGGUGCAGAUGUAUCAGGCUCAAAAAACACUUCACUCCAAAAUUGAUGCCUGUGGCUGCAGUAACUGCACUGUACCGUAAUUGCAUUUUCCCGAGUCAGUGGCACAUUGAAGUCUCGCAAUUUUAUUUUCUUCUACAUCAGUAGCACACAUGACAGCGAGAAACACACCCUCAUUCUGGAAUCUGAAAUAAACGGGUGGCUUGCAAUUUCCUUACGUGUGGUGGUUAGGAGUGUAGCUAUGGAAUGCGAGAUGUCAUGCUUUCGUUAUUUGCCAUUAUUCAUCUGUUGCAUUGUGAAAUAUUACAAAUGAAAUUUGUGUGAAAA